UUUUCAGUCUACUGUUGACAAUCAACAGAGCAAGAUAUCGAGUAAGAGCGUUGAGUGAUUCUCGUCCAGUAUAAAUUUAAAUUUCAUAUACCUAAGAAAUUAAGCUGCCUUACAUUACAAGUGAUAACCAACCAUGUUUUAUCCAACAAAAAUGUCGCUGCCGGUCGUUAUUGAUAAUAGUGACCCAAGAUACAUCUUCGUGAACGGCGUACGGUACCGGCGCUACUGGACACAUCCAGUGACUGCCGAAUCUCUUCCGGACUAUCUGCUUGAAAAAAUCCUGAAACGAUUGGACUGGUCCGACGUGCAGUCAGCGAUGCUCGUAAACAAGUCCUGGAUGAACACGGUGCUCGGUGUUCAGCGAUGGUUUGACGGCGGAGAACCACUAUCAGCCGAAUGGCGAUUGAAUGUUGUACCACAUGCGGAUGAGAAUGACACAGACUAUCAACAUUUCAAACUUGAGGAAUAUCAUCACACGCUCAUGCAAACUCGUCGGCAGUACAAACAUAUGACAAUCUAUUGGGGUGAUUGGGAACGAUGCCUCAAAACCAAUCUGGUGAAGGAUCAAAUGCUUGUAGAUAUCAUCAGGCGCUUUCAGCAAACUCUGGUUUCGCUAAGAAUAACGUCCGGAAGGUACGAAAUGCCUCCUUGGAUAAUGAGUGAUAUCUUGAGAAUGUGCACGAAUCUAAAAUGUUUGGACCUAAAUGGAAUGCAGGCAGUAUCGAGAUACGACUUUUGCAAUUUAGAUACAUACAGAACUAGAAUAAAUACGCUUUACGACUGCAAUCAAGUGUUCAGUCCCAAUCCAAAUGGUUCAAACAUAUUCGCCAACGUAACUACCCUACAGGUGAAAAUAUCUCCGUCAAAUAAGCUGAAAGACCUGCUUCACAAGUUAAGUCCCCAACUGGUUCAACUUUCCUUGAGUUGGGAACUGGACAAGAAAGGGCAAGUCGCUCUGCCCAACGAUGAGUUCCCACUUUUGGAGACCCUGAUUCUGUCUAGCGAAAGAGUCGGACCCGACAACCAGCUUGGCCGGUUCUUGCAAAGAAUGCCACAACUGAAGGCACUAACGCUGUCCCCACAUAAGGAGGAACACAUUUCCGUACUACACUGGGUGCAUCCAGACAGCUUGCGCCAUCUUGACGUGUGGACGGGGUCCUUAUGCCCAAAGAAAUUCGCGUUCAUCGCGAAGUUUCCCCACCUUGAAAGUCUUUCCAUCAGAGGAUCGUAUGCAAUGCCAAAUGGACCGAAAAAGGAAGGGAUCGUGUUCCGGAAUGUCACGCGACUGGCACUGUUUGGCCAUGAAUGGCGACUGCAUUUGAAUAGUAUUAUGGUAUUUUUCCCUAACCUAGUCGAACUGGAGCUGGAAGCUAAGGAAACUUGGGGCCCGGCUGACGCUCGUUCCAUCAGCAACUAUACAUCGCUAGAGCGGUUGAUCGUUAAUGAGGGACUUGAUACGUUGGAAGCGUUCAUGGAAUUUUGCGGCGAGCUGAAAGUACCCGAAUUGACUGUUACUACGCAGAGUAAUGCCUUUGUCGUGAAGCCUUUAUCUAAACCAUUGGUUCAAGCACCACAUAUUCGCAAAAUGUCCAUCUACGCUUAUAUGAUUGACCCGGCCAUUUACAAACCAAUGAUGCAAUUAAUGCCAAAGUUAAGAAAUCUGGAGCUGUCGUUGGAGCUUCCUUGUGAUAAUAAAGUUUAUAGAAGGAUCAUUGCAAAAUUUCCAUUGUGUGACACCGUACGGAAAACCUAUCAAAAGUAUAAGCCAGUCUUUGAUAACACUUAGGGCCAUUUUGGGAAAUCAAAAAUCAAAAUUCUGCACUGAAAUGUGAUCAUGCACUUUGCAUAUAAAAACAUAAGAUCCACCAUGGGAUAGUUUAACAUAGUAAAAAGGAAACCAAAAAAUCUAUCUUCGUGAUCAUAAAGUCGAAUAAAUAUAUAUUUUUCAUCGCA